AUGGAAAAGUUUCGCGAGAAAAUUGCCAGUAUUCGUGCUGAAGCAGACGCUGCCAAUGCCAGAGCAGAUGAAUUUGAACAAAAAUACAAAGAACUUGAACAAAUUCAAAUGAAACAAGAACACGAAAUCAUUUCCCUUACAAAUCAAAAUAAGCACCUUGAAGAAGAUUUAGAACAAGCCAAUGAAAAAAUCAAACAACUCAAGGCUCUUGAAGAAGACGAAGAUGACUUGAAAAAGGAGAAUGAUGCUGCUCAAAGAAAAAUCACAUUAUUAGAACAAGAGUUAGAAAACUCUGAAAAAACCAUUAGGGAAACGACCAAAAAUUUCAGAGAAGCAGAUGUAAAGGCUGAACAUUUUGAACGUAAGGUUCAACAGUUAGAAAGUCUACAUGCUGAUCAAGAAAAGAAGAAUGAAGAACUUAAACAAAAGAUUGCUGAAUUACAAGCACAAUUGGAUGAAUUCAAUGCUUCUUUAGAUGACAUUUAA